UGUCGAGGUCUCGAGUUCAUUCGUGCAUUCUCCAUCCCAAAGAACAUUCGUUCGUUUCAUUCGUUCCGUCUCUAAUCCUUGACUUUUGAUAUCCAAGUCAAUCCUUUCGUUACAUCACUACCAACUUACAUUUGUUGAUAAGAUCUCCGUCAUACAAGCAUAACCCAACUUAUCUACGCUAACAAUGCGUUUCUCAGAGUUCAUGAUUGUGCCUCUGCUGGCAGCGGCCGUCGAAGCCCGCGCCUGCAAGGCAAAGAGGCCUACUACUGCGGCUCUUGCUACUACUGCGUUAGCCGAUUCUACUUCUCCCGUAGUGACUACUGCUGUUUUCGCCAGCUCUACGGCUGCUGGUGCUCCGUCUGCCUCCUCGGCAAUUUCUUCCCUUUCUUCCUCGACUGCUUCUGCUUUCUCUUCCGAGGCCUUCUCCUCAACAUCGGUCUCUCCUAAGCCCACCACCAACUCUUCUGAGGCUGUCUCCUCCACAUUUGUCUCUUCUAAGCCAAUUGUCACCUCUACAGCCCCUUCAGUCCACACAACUCUCACGACCGCUGUAACCUCCAGCGCCAAGCCCACCUCUACGGAGGCCAAGUCUACCUCCGCCAAGCCUGCAGCCACCUCUGCGCCGUACCGCGCUUACCCAGCCGACGUUGUCGACAAGCUCCGCGACUCGAGCAUUGCCAACCUUGAGAGCUACACCAAACGUAACCCAUCUUCUUGCACCCUGGAAAAUGCCUCUAUCCGUCGAGAAUGGAGCGAUCUCUCCAUCGCCGAGCGUGAGGAGUACAUCUCGGCUGUGCAGUGCCUGCAGCGCCUCCCCGCCAACACUUCCUCCAGCGUCUCCCCUGGCGCUCGCUCCCGCUUUGACGACUUUUUGACUGUCCACAUCCAGCAGACGCCGUAUAUCCACAACACGGCCAAUUUCCUGGGUUGGCACAGAUACUACGUGUGGCAGUACGAGAAGGCUCUGCGCGAGGAGUGCAACUACAAGGGAUUCCAGCCGUACUGGAACUGGAACCGUGAGGUCGCCGACCCGACCAAGUCAGCCAUGUUCAACGGCAACGCCACAAGCCUCAGUGGCAACUCGCCCAGCAAGGAUGCCUGCGUCAACUCCGGUCCAUUCAAGGACAUGUCCGUCAACCUCGGCCCCGGAAAUAGCCUCAAAUACAACCCCAGGUGCCUGAAGCGCGAUAUCAGCGCCAGCCAAGCUCAGGCCUGCACCGCCGACAAGACCCUUUCCCUGAUCAAAAACAGCGCCACCAUUGGGAGUUUCCAGGACACCAUGCAGGCCAUCCCUGGUGUGCACGCGGGCGGCCACUAUACUAUCGGUGGCGACCCUGGCGGUGACAUCUACACCUCUGCCGGAGACCCCGCCUUUUACUUCCACCACGCCAUGAUUGACCGUGUCUGGUGGCUGUGGCAGCUGCAGGACCUCGAGAAUCGCUUGACCGCCGUGGACGGGAACAACAACAAGAAUGGCCGCAAGGGUACUGUCAAUGACGAUACGAACCUGGGUGGUGUUGCCGGAUCCGUCAAACUCGGCGACCUGCUCAACACCAUGGGCGGCAAGGGUGGCGAGUUCUGUUACAUUUACGUGUAAACCAAAUUUGACACGGCUGUUGGCUUAGGCUAGCAUCAAACCAAGCCACUCACUUGAGUGUAAUCUUAAUUCUAGUUCUUAAUCAAAAGCAAGCAAAAAGUCAUUUUGUCACCAUUGUUUACCCGUGCGUUCUCCUUGCCUUGGACAUGGUUUUUUUCUUCUCCUUUUUCUCAUGGGGUGAUUGUGCAAGAAAAAUCGCCUCCAGUCUAAGCAUGAGUUCAACACUAUCAGAAUUGCCG